AUGUAUGUGAGCAUAAACGACGCAGUAUUUUUUCCCGAAACAUUUUUCGGUAGGGAGUCAACACUGUUGAAGACCCCCAUUGGGAUAGAUGACACCAAGCGCGCUACUAGAAGGUAUUUCGAGAAUUCGACGGAGCGAACUUCACUGGAACCUGUUCCUAGACCUUCGAUUGAAGACCUCGUUGUUGGACCAAAAGUAACGGGUAAUGUUGCGUGGCUCCUGCAGUUUGCUGUGUUGGGAUUCCCCAAAUGCGGCACAUCCUUCAUGAUGCGCUAUCUCGGCCAGCACGACGAAAUAGCCAUGCUGACAGAUAAGGAACACUGCGAACUGACUACGGGUACAAAAGACUCUUUUCUUGUCAAGACCCUGUUAGACAAACUUCCCAGCGGAAACUACGCGCGCGGCCUGAAGUGUCCGAAACAGCUAGAGGACCCUUUGGCCAUGGAUCGCCUCUUCCGGUAUUUUCCGAAUGUAAGAGUAAUUGUUGGGGUCCGGCACCCCGUCCUUUGGAAUCUCAGUCCAUCUACAAAUGUACGUGCUGUAUGUACCGAACGAGCCAAGUUUCACAAUCAUUUAGCUCGCUUGAGAAAGACGAGCAUGGAGAGCACGGAGGAGCGACAGCACUUCUCGGCCGACGUGCAGAAUGUGUCGUAUGCCCAUGGUUUCUCCGAAACGAAAGUGUUUUUGUACGAUAUGGCACAGCUCGAGGACAAAAACCAGAACCGUUCCGAUAUCCUUUUAGACGACUUGCGGAGUUUCCUGCGCGUCACGAAGCCUUUUUCUCAGAAGGUUAGGAAGGAGAAAAGAAUAGUUUCCAACGCAAUACGCAUUGACAUUUGUGACGUUGAGUACGACCAUUUGCGCGAGGUACUUUUGGUUACCGGCGUGGAGGCAUCGAGAUGGAUCCGUCGUUUUUUUGUCCAUGCCGAGGGUGUGACAGUGUCGUCACCCGACUUUAUGGAUCAGUUAUUGGCCAAGUGGGAAGAAGAUCCUUGCGAAGAGCGCCGGGCCAAGAGCAACGCCUCUCUAUCCAGGCCGGAUCGCACUACCUAAACUGUAGGAAGUAUUGAUCAAUUGCCUUGCUGACGCAGUCUAGAUAAAGAAGCGAGGAACAGAAUCUUUGCUAACCUUUGGAAACG